CUGCUCUACCUUAUCAACUUCGAACCAAACAAAUUUCUAAUAAACUAGAACUCUGAGAGAGGGAGAAAAUCUCAAUCCAUAUUUUCUUAAAUUCCUAAAGCACACUCUCUGUAAAAACAGUUUCAAAAUAUCUCGCGAAACAAAUGACGCAACGUCGUUCUCAAUUUGAUGAGAUACAAUAAACAAGGUACACUCUUUUUUCUUUUUUAGGGGCUUUUACAGCCGACCUGUAAAGAACUCGAUUUGUAGGGUUUCGAAUUAGGUUUUUCUAGCUGUUGGAUUAGAAUGAUUUCUGUUACUAAGGGCGACUGUGAAUUUGAUAGAAAAUCUGCUACUAAUACUAAGGAAGAAAAUGAGGCGAAGCGUAGGGUUUCAGACGAGGAUGUUGUGGAUUGUUUAAUUAAAGAUGAGAAUUUGUUAAAAUCGGGAGUGGUUAACGAAGUUAGGGUAGUUCCCGAGGCUGAAAGAUCUGAGGAGGUUAGAGUUAGGGUUUGGGCUCCUUCGGAGAUCGGUUAUAAUUGUAACAGUACAGAUAAUGUAAUGGAAUCUGGGCUUGAAGUUGAGACGAACAAAGUGAGUUUUAAUCGAAUUGAUAGACAAAAUGGUGACCAUUUUGACGUUGGAAAUGAUAAAUUUGACAAUAAAAGUGAUAGAGUGGUGAGUAAUGUCUCUAGGGUUGAGGGGCAUGGAGAGGCUUAUAAUUCUUUGCUGUCAGAGUUUGAUGAUUUUGUGGCCAAUGAAAAAAUGAACACGGGAACAUCAAGGGCGUUGAGUUAUGGUUUUGAAGUGGGUGAUAUGGUAUGGGGCAAGGUUAAAUCACAUCCAUGGUGGCCGGGGCAUAUAUUUAAUGAAUCUUUUGCGACUUCCUCGGUGCGUCGCACAAGGAGCGAUGGUCAUGUGUUGGUUGCUUUCUUUGGGGACAGUAGUUAUGGGUGGUUUGACCCAGCUGAGCUUAUUCCUUUUGACCUCUAUUUUGCGGAGAAAUCACAACAAACAAAUGCUAGGACUUUUGUUAAGGCUGUGGAGGAAGCUGUGGAUGAGGCGAGUAGGAGGCGUGGUCUUGGAUUGGCAUGUAAAUGUAGGAACCCAUAUAAUUUUCGGCCUACAAAUGUUCAGGGGUACUUUACAGUUGACGUGCUGGAUUUUGAGCUUGGUGGGCUUUAUUCGGCUGAUCAGAUUAAUAAGGCAAGAGAAGGGUUUCGGCCUUCUGAGACUCUUUCCUUUGUCAAACAAUUGGCAUCAGCACCACAAGUUUGUGAAGAGUGGAGCAUUGAUUUUAUAAAGAAUAAGGCUACUGUUUUUGCUUUUCGUAAGGCAUUGUUUGAGGAGUUUGAUGAGACUUACGCACAAGCUUUUGGUGUGCAGCCAGCACACCCUUAUCAGGAUCGAGCUGCUUUAUUAGAUGAGUCUUAUAGACAGUCAACUAGAGCUCCUUUGAGUGGUCCAAGGGUAUAUGCUGAAGCUCUGGGCGGUGGGAAGAAAAAGUCUAUGAAGGUCAAAGAUCAUUCAAAGAAAGAAAAAUAUCUUUUCAAGCGAAGGGAUGAACUAGGUGACUCAAGAACUUAUCAGAUUAGCCAAGGGCAAGAAUUUUCAUCAACACCAUCUGCUGUCAUGGAGUCAUUGUCAACUUUGGUGGCUCAAGAUUAUGUGUUGCAGAACAGGGUUCCAGCAGCUCAUAUGGCAGUAAAAAUUGAAGAAACUGAGUUUAUAAGCAAGGACAGUCCAGGCUCAAGUGGGGAUGCAUCUGGAAAAGAAACUGCAACCAUAGAUCGUGCCCCAGCCUUCAGUGGUACUCCUAGCGGCAAAGUUGCUGCUAUAGAUGGAAGAUUAUCUCCAGAUGAAAUGAAAGAGAGGGCGGAACUGGGUAUUGUUUUGGGUUCCACUAGUGAAGGUGGAUGUGAUAUAUUAGAAAAGGUGGUCCCAGGAUUGACGGAUGGUGCAUUGCAAUUUUCUUUACUGGAAGAGGAGGUUAUGGUUGACAUUAAAAAUGAGGGGAGUGCAAAAAUGUUCAGAUCGAAAGACUGCUAUCAGCAAUCUGAACCAAGGAUUUUGGCAAGAGGGGAAGAAGGUCAUAGGUUAGAUCAAGUUCAGGACAGUCGCCCAAGCAUUCAUUCUUUGCCAACUAACACAAAACAUUCUGUUGGAGUUAGUCCUGAUGGUAAAGUAAAAAAGCCUAAAGCUCUUAAGCGGACUCUAGUGGACAUGAGCCCUCCUAACUCUAUGAUGGGGGAGCAAAAGAAGAAGAAAAAGGAGCUUGGCUUGAAAGCAAGUUCUGAUAAUCACCAGAAGCGUGUGGCUAUUGGAAAAGUUGGGCUUGCAGUUAUGAAGCCGACCAAAAAAUCUUCUCAGGUUGGUUUAGCUACUAGGGAAGAUACACAGGUUAAUAAUCAGAGAAAAGAUGUUGGUGAUGGUAUUUCUGUGUUGCCUUCAGUUGUGACCACGCCAGGAGUUUGCAUGGAGAAUAUUGAAGUUGGGCUUCCGCAGUUAUUGAGUGAUUUACAUGCUCUCGCUGUCAAUCCCUUUCAUGGUGUGGGAAGGAAUUGCCCUGCAAUUAUACGGCAGUACUUUCUGCAGUUCAGAUCCCUUGCAUUUGUAUACCAGAAAAACUUGCUUCUAUCACUGUCAUCUGAGACUGAGCCUGUUGAUGUUCGUCGUGCAAAAUCUUUAUCGGGUGUUGUUACUCCAGGUGAUAAUGUUAGAGAUUUGCUGUCAUCAAAACCAGUGAAACACCUAGCCAGGUCUGAUGAUCUUACAAAGGCUGGGCGAAAGCAUCUUCCGUCUGAUCGCCAGGAAGAAAUUGCUUCAAAGCGAUUGAAAAAGAUUAGUCUUAUGAAAUCAUUGACCACAGAGAAGUCUGGUCAGAGGACAUCGGAUGGCAAGCGAUUAGAGGAAAAAGAACGCACGACAACUGCUCGUGCAAAGCCCACUAGACCUGAUACUAUAAAGAAAUUAGAGCAUCCAGCCAGAGCACCGAAGCCCACUAUGCUGGUGAUGAAGUUUCCUCCAGACACAUCACUUCCAUCUGCUGCUGAGCUUAAGGCUAGAUUUGGUCGUUUUGGGUCGAUAGACCAAUCGGCUAUCCGUGUGUUCUGGAAAACUUCAACGUGUCGAGUUGUGUUCCGCUACAAAGCUGAUGCACAGGCAGCGUAUAAAUAUGCUAAUGGAAACAAUGCUCUCUUCGGCAAUGUGAAUGUGCGAUACAUUGUUCGGGAGGUAGAAGCUCCUGCAGCAGCAGAAGUACCUGAAACUGACAAAGGCCGAGGAGAUGACCCUGCCGUUGAGACCUCAUGUAUGAAGGAUCCCGUUCUUGAUCGACCAACACAUACACCUUUCCUGCAGCCAACGAUCCAGCUGAAGUCCUGUUUGAAGAAACCAACAGCUGAUGAAGCUGGGCAGGUAACAGGUGGUAAUGGCAGUAGAGGGACAGCUCGUGUAAAAUUCAUGUUGGGUGGGGAAGAAAGUAGUAGGACAGAGCCAUUGAUGAUUGGUAAUAGAAGCAACUUCAACAACAAUGCUACUUCUUUUGCUGAUGGUGGUGCAUCUUCUUCUGUUGCAAUGGAUUUUAAUAGUAAGAACUUUCAAAAGGUUAUUGUUCCUCCAUUUUCAUCACCCAUUUUGCCGCCGCCGCCACAAUUUGCAAAACCACAAUUUAAUAAUUCACAUCAUAGUGAAGUAGUAUCACCGCCCAGAAAUUCUCGCAUUCUUAAUCUACUCACAGUCCCACUCCCACCACCCACUGCCUCAACAAUCGAUAUUUCACAGCAGAUGUUAAGCCUUUUGACAAGAUGCAAUGAUGUGGUAACCAAUGUUACCGGAUUAUUAGGCUAUGUGCCUUACCAUCCUCUUUGAUUUGGGCAAAACAAUAGCGGAUUUUUAUAGAAAGGGAUCAAACUAAAACGCUGCCAAAUAACCUUCUUGUUCAAAGCUGCAAAAGCAAACGGAACCAAAAGGAGAACCGGCCAGGUCAUUUUGCUGUGAAAAAAAGUGUCAAAAUUGAAGAGAAUCGGUAACGAGGCAUUUGGGUUUCAAAAUGUAGGUGCUGUGCGGUUGAAAAAACAACACUCGUAUUGAUAUUUGAUAGUGCCUGCCAGCCGUCUGCUUUGAGUUUCUUUAAUUAAUGUGAUCUUUGUAGUAUAUGGGCCAGCUAAGCUUUGUACCUGUAUUAGGAAUGGUGGAAAUUUUGGACUGGUAGUUUUAUUUGCUUGAUUUGAUUUCAUUAUUGUGCCUCAUCCACCUGGGUUGGGGGUAAGGCUUUAAGACUCAUUAGAGUUUUGAUAAUUGGCUGCCUUUGAUUGUUGGAUUUCCAUUCCA